AUAAGAUAAGAUAUUAAGAUGGCUGCUUCUGAGUUCCAGAGUGAGCAACAAAAACAAAAACAAAUACAGAAGAAAGAAGGUUGCAUGCAAUUGCAAGUGGAUAAUUAUUCCUCUACUCUUCUGGGUCAUUCCACAUCUUCAACUGCAACAGAUUCCAUAGCUCCAGUUCAAGAAAAUCAUGACAAUCACAAUCACUCUCAGUCUUCUCCGUAUCCGACCACAACAGCAGCUUAUAGCUACUACUAUCCAGGUUACAAUGGAGAUUUUUACAACCAAGGAUACUACAUUGCUGGUAAUGCAGUGGAUCCUCAAUACCCUGUUCUACAAGCAGAUGGAGGAUCUCUUGUCUAUUUGAUGCCAGGAUUUUAUACUGGAUACGAUGCUUAUCCACCACCCUUUAAUACAAUUGGUGUUGACGGACAAUAUGUCGGUCAACAGGUCUUUCCUCUAAGUCCCGUGUUUCAAUCUCCCAUUCCUUCGCCCGAAUUUAGCGCGACUUCAAUCCCUCAUGGGGACUUAGUGCAGACACCCUAUCUUUGGGGUUCAUCUCUUGUUGUUGGAGAUGGCUCUUUUGAAAAUGGAUAUGUUGGAGCUUUGGAAAUUCCGGCCUCCAAACCUAAUAUCUCUUCAGGCUCCAUUACUCCAUCUUUGAAACCAGUGGACGUUUUCUCGGGACACAACAAGAAGCUAAAACCCUUGAACAAGGCUUCAUCUCCUGUCUCAACUUUCCAGCCAGAUUUACCAACCCAAGGUUACUACGCUGUUGCAAAAUUUCCAAUCUGUAGUCAACCGGUUAAUUUGAAAGCGAAUGUGAAGGGAUGGGGUGGUACUGAAAAAACGAAAACAACAAGUAAGGUUAACAGUGUUAAAGAAGUUGAUGUACACGAUGAGAAGGAUGAUGGUUCUAGAACAAUCAAUGCAAAGGGUGCAUUGAGGUCCGGAGGUAACGCCGGUGAAUCCCUGGCUGCUGAUGAGGUUAGACAUUCUACCAGCAUAACCUCUUCAAUCAGGAAGGAUCAAUAUAACCUCCCUGAGUUUUCAACCAAAUAUGAUCAUGCAUUUUUCUUCGUGAUCAAAUCUUACAGUGAAGAUGAUGUUCACAAGAGCAUCAAAUAUAAUGUGUGGACUAGCACUCCUAAUGGGAAUAAGAAGCUCAAUAGUGCUUAUCAAGACGCACAAGAGAGGAUGACAGAGAAAGGAAGCAAGUGUCCCGUCUUUCUUUUCUUUUCGGUGAACGCAAGUGGGCAGUUCUGUGGGGUGGCUGAAAUGACCGGCCAAGUCGAUUUCAAUACGAGUAUGGAUUUCUGGCAACAGAGCAAGUGGAAUGGUUAUUUUCCAGUCAAGUGGCAUAUCAUCAAAGAUGUUCCGAAUGCACAAUUACGACACAUAAUACUCGAGAAUAACGAGAACAAGCCCGUAACAAAUAGUAGAGACACUCAGGAGGUAAAAUUUGAUCAGGGUAUCAAAAUGAUGAGUAUUUUCAAAAAUUAUAUAUCAAGUACAUGCUUAUUGGAUGACUUUGAUUUCUACGAAAACCGCCAAAAGAUAAUGCAAGAAAAGAGGAUCAGGCAAUCUUUUCCCCGUCGUCGCGAUCUGCAGGGCUUGACUACAAGGGCACAAUUGUAAUUUAGAAGGGCAAAAAGGGUUGUUAGUGGGUGGUGAUUCUGUAAAACAUUGAUGUUCCAACAAUCUCAAUAAU